CCCCGCUGCUCCGGCUUCAGCUCCGCCGCUUCCCGCAGCCGCCCGCCGGCUGCAGCCGCUGCCGGCCCCGGGGCGCCCAUGGGGGGCUGCCGGGGGGGGGAGCUCGGGGCCGCCCCGCCUGGGGCUGGGGGGUCCUCGCCCGUCCCCGCCACCGCCGCGCAGCGCCGGGCUUGAGAGGGGCUGCGGGGGGCUGCGGGGCUCGGCCCCCGGUGGCAGGAGGAUGGAGAACAAGGCCAUGUACCUCCACACCUUCGGCGAGAGGGAGAACGGCUCCACCUUCGAGGAGCCAUUUGAGGGAAGGAACCUCUCCAAACUGAACCUCUGCGAGGACGGUGCCGGGCGCAGGAUGAAGGCGGCCGGGCGCUGCGGUCGGCUGGGCUCGCUGGCGGCGCUGAAGUACGCCGUGCUGGGGCUCUACCUCCUCGUCUUCCUCAUCCUCGUCGGAGUCUUCAUCCUCGCAGUCUCCCGGCCGCAGACGUCCCCCGAGGACCUGAAGGUGCUGAUGGGGAACGUGAACCGCCUCAACGAGAGCUUCCGAGACGUGCAGCUGAACCUGCUGCACCUCCCUCUGAAGGGGGACGUGAUGGAUCACAUCUGGAGGCUGCAGGACCUCCUGCAGAACCACUCGGACUCCUUGUUCCUGAUGACGGGGUCUCUGCAGAAGCUGGAGGGGCUGCUCUGGAGCCUGCAGAGCCAGGCCAGCCAAACCGAUAGGGCCGUGUCCAGCCUGUGGGACAGCCUGGCUCAGCAGAGCGACGCGGCGCAGCAGGAGAUGUACAAGCUCUCGGUGGAAGGCAACAGCAGCCGGCUGCUGCUCCAGCACCACGACCACCUCCUGAGCCACCUCGGCAGCCGGCUGGAGGGCCUGAGCGACCAGGUGACGGCCGCCAGCGGGGCCGUGGACACCAUGAACAGGACCUUCUCCUACGACGUGAACGUCCACCGCGCCCGCAUCCAGGACCUGCAGGUGCUGAUCAGCAACGCCACCGAAGACGCGCGGCGGAUGCGCCUGGUCCACAUCGCCAUGGAGCAGCAGCUGAAGCACGAGCUGGCCAUCCUCAGCAACGUGACGGAGGACCUGCGGCUCAAGGACUGGGAGCACUCCGUCGCCCUGAGGAACAUCUCCGUGAUUCGGGGGCCCCCGGGACCCAAAGGAGACCCAGGCCACGAGGGGAUGGAGGGGGAGCCCGGCCUGCCUGGCCUGCCCGGGCUGCGAGGGCUGCCUGGGGAGAGAGGACCACCAGGACCGCGUGGCCUGAAAGGGGACCAAGGGGACCUCGGCCCUCCGGGUCCAGCCGGGAUGCGAGGAUUCAAAGGGGACCGAGGACCGAAGGGAGAGAAGGGCGACCGAGGUGGUGACGUGGGUAAGUGCCCCUGGGGGACAUCUCCCUUCCUCCUGUGGCAACGGGAGGUGUUUUUCCUCGCUCCCAAACCGAAGGGAGCGGCGUGGUCCUGGGGCGCGGCUGCAAAGGGUCAGCCCCUUGUUUUCGCAGCCGCUCGAGUUUAUUUCUCCCCUUCAGCUUUUCCUUUUGCUUUGCUGGGGAAAGGAAGGGAGGAGGUUGGAGGGUUUGGAAGAGAUCGGUGCCGCAAAAGCAAACGCACGCAGAAGGAAAAGAGGAGAAAUGACGAUGUGGGGGUUCGUUGGGUGCGAUGCGGAGGGAAGGGGCCGGGGAGCUGCGCCCAGAUGGAUGGGACCAGGCAAAGGGGGCUGUGGCUGCAGCCCACGAGGGUCCGAUCCUGCACCCCUGCAGCACGAGGAGCGGCUCGUUUGGGGGCAUCUCCCCACGGCUCCGAUGCCGAGCGCGUCCCCGGCUCCAGCUGCAGCCCUUGCAGAGCCCCCAAGGGCGCAUGAAGCAGGUCUGGGCCUUGCUGGCACGGGUUUGCGAGGAGGGGCCGGGGCUUUCUGAGCUUCCACAGCCCCGCAGCUGGCCAGGGGCUGACAGGGAGGAAGGGCGGCUGCACGAGCAGCCCUCGCCCUGGUGAUUAAU